GGGGGCACAGCCCAUCCCCCAAGGCAUCACCCUGCCCCAAGGGUCCCUGUGAACAUAUCCCCCCAGCAGAGAACAGGGUCGGGCUUAAAACGAGGGUGUGUUCUCUGCCCCGAGCCCUCCAGGGAGACUACACCACCUCUCCUGUUUCCUUCCCCUAAGCAGGAUUCCCUGUCCCCGACCUGGCCGUGAUCUCCUGCAUGGAGCGAAGGGAAGAGCCGAGGGUCCCGGAUCUCCGGUGCUCCAAGGAAAGGGAGAUCCCGAGAGGUGCCCACAUAGGUGCCGGGAGAGAGAAGGAGAAUUCCCAGCAGGAAGGGCCUGCAGGAGCGGAGCUGAAUGGGACGUCCCGGAGCCCUGAACAGGGAGAUGGCGGCAGAACAGGACGGCAGCGGGCGGAGAAGGAGCCAGGGCGCAGGCGCAGGAGGGCACGGCCCGUCAACUGCGGGGAUUGUGGGAAAAGCUUCACGAAAAACUCAGAGUUAAUCAAACACCAGCGCACGCACACGGGUGAGAGGCCCUACCAGUGCCCUGACUGCGGGAGGUGCUUCGCCAUCCGCUCCAGCUUGGAUCGCCACCAGCGGGUCCACACUGGCGAGCGGCCCUUCCCCUGCACCCGCUGCGGGAAGAGCUUCAAGCUUAGCUCGGCCCUGAGCCGGCACCGGCGCGUCCAUGCUCAGGAGGGGCCCUGUUUCUGCGCUGAAUGCGGCAGGGGUUUCAGGCAUAGUGCUGCACUAACCCGGCACCAGGCUGAGCACCUGAACCAUGGAGACCCCACCAACGGACCUGUGGGGACACGGGUCUACAAGGACCCCUUCGUCCAGGCACGGGACCUCGAGGGGGAGGCUGGUGGGAUGUGGUAUGCUGAGCCUGUGAAAGAGGAGAGUGGGUGAUGGGAUCUGCACUUAGGUUUUGGGUCUGGGCAGGAGACGCUGGAGUGAGAAGAGAGCAGCUAUAAGGAAUGCAGGGACUGAACCUGUGAUCUGUGGAUCUAACAUCUGGAGCUGGGCUGUGAGGCAGUGUGGUCUAGUGCAGUGGUUCUCAACCAGGGGUAAAUGUAUCCCUGGGGGUAGGCAGAGGUC